AUGGACUUGAUGAACCGAGUGUUCCAUCCCUACCUGGAUCGGUUUGUGCUGAUGUUCAUCGAUGAUAUCUUGGUGUAUUCUAAGUCUGAAGACGAGUACGAUGAGCAUCUGAGAGUUGUAUUACAGAUUCUUCAAGGGUUCUCCUUGAUCGCAGCUCCGUUGACUAAGCUUCUGUGUAAGGGAGUUUCUUUUGUAUGGACUGAUGCACAACAAGAGAGCUUUGAGAAGCUCAACACUGAUGGUAAGGUGGUUGUGUAUGCAUCUCGCCAGCUUAAGACUCAUGAGGCAAAUUACCCAACGUAUGAUUUGGAGUUGGCCGCCGUGAAGGAGCUGAGUCUUAGGCAGCAUAGAUGGAUUGAGCUGUUUAAAGAUUACGACUACACCAUUGAGUACCAUCUUGGUAAGGCCACUAUGGUGGCCAAUGCACUAAGCCGUAGAGCUAUGACCGAUCUAAGGGCGAUGUUUGCUCUCCUUAGUCUAUUUGAUAAUGGUAGCUUAUUAGCCAAGCUUCAGGUUAAGGCUGAGCACCAGUUGCCUUCAGGUCCCGAGUUAGUUUCCGAGACUGAGGAGAAGAUUCGACUCAUUAGGGAUCACCUGAAGGCAGCUUCUGACAGACAGAAGGCUUAUGCUGAUCUGAAGAGACGUGAGAUUGUGUAUUCUGUAGGGGAUUUCAUUUUUCUAAAGGUCUCGACAUGA